UCAAAUACAGCUGACUUACCUCUAUCCUUUUGACGGUUUAUCAGCAUCCCUCCACCACCCCAUCUCCUCACUCCGAGUUCUCACUACACCUAAGGGGGGUUCUCUGGGUUCGGGCCAUUCCUGAGCUCGGAGCCCUUCCCCGGACAGCACGCCAAACAUGCAUUACUAUACUCCGGCUAAUUAUAUGUAAGCGUGAACUCGUGAAUUAGAUGCUGGCGACAGUAUCUAGCUGGUCCAGUUUUCGUAAGCCUUAAGACAUGAAACAUCUUUACAGCACCGCUCGUCUCCUCUUACGCAGAUCAUUCGGCUUCAGCGUCUUAUCUAAAACGUGCGCGCUCCCGCGCGAACAUUUGCUGAACCUCGACCCCUGGUCACACUUUUCGAUAGGUCACCGAUUUCGGCACAACAGGCUAUUUGUCCAUCUCUCUGUGAUAGCUUAACAUUUUAAUUAACAAUUCUUAAAAACGUGUACAAAUGAUAAACUUUAGUGACGACACGGCAGUGGUCCGAUCGGGCCAGUGACAAAUUCGUCAACUGUCCCGAGCGUCUUUUACACUGGCCCCGGGCCAUUGGGCACUCCUUAUUGUCGAGCCCUGACUUAUGUUAAACUGAACAAGAUCAGAACUGGGUCAAUGGCAAGACCAGAGAGGCAGGGUGGUGGUGACAGAAGCAAGUGGAACUACUAUGCCUUUCUGGUACCCAUGCUGGGACUCGCUGCCUUUGGGUGGAUCUGGUCCAAGGAGUUUCAAAACGAAACUGAGGAAGCCAAAGUUGAGAUCAAUCAUCAAGCACUGGUGUCCCAGAAUCAGAAACUCAAGGAAGAACAUUGUUACAUGAGGUUGGAAAUGAAAAGCGAACUAUCUAGACUGUUUCAAAAAGCCCUGGAAACUGAAAAAGAGCGAGAGCAGAUUGCUUUAGCGGUUCUGAAUGAUGUAGAGUACAGGUUGAUGGAAAGGCAGAGGGCCUUUUGCAGUUUUUUGGUGACCCGUGUAAGGAGAAUGGAGAUGGAGAAGGAAUUAUUGAUUUAUACAGCCAAAGAACCCCAUCUUGCACAUCUGGAGAUGGAGGACGGUCUCAGGGAUAUUUUUAAGAAUGAUCGCAGUUGUGCAGAGUAUCUGAACACAGAUAAGCGCAGGAAUGGGAGUUUGAUGUGGCUGUAUCUCAAAUACUGGCGGCUGCAGGCCACCCUUCAAACACACCAGAGAGCUGAGGCUGCUAUAUUCGACACACAAGCAAAAAAGUGACA